AUGACAGAUGUCUGGAGUGGAAAUCUCUUGCUACCAGGAGGCCGCUCAAUCAAAGAAAUCAGCUUUACGACGCAAAAUGUCGCGUCGUCGCCAACCCUCGGCACCACCAGCCUACGCUUCCUAACCACCGUUGAUACCGCAAAAAUACCACUGUAUCUUACCGCCGGCCCCAGUCUGGAUGUAUGGACAACCGACGAAAUCACCCAAGAUUGGUUCGAGUCUCUCUUGCUCAGCAAGCCUACAACAUCCCCAAAUGCAUCUAACCAUGAUACAAAUAAGUGGUGGAACCUCGCGCGCUCACAGUCUCCCAUUGGGAUACUAGCGCAAGUGCAAGAUGUACCAGAAAGCGCUCAGAAACCCAGGAUAACAGAAAUCCUCUUCUAUGGGACAAUCGCUGCGCAUGCCGCCGAUGGGAUACCAACACCGCCACCGUCUUUGUCAAUUGUCGACAAUGCAGGCGAACAGCUUCCAGAACUCAGGGUACACGCAACGCCGCUUUCGUCUGAUAUGCUACACUAUGCUAGCAUUGACCCGCCAAUCGACAAUGACGCUCAUUUCCUCCCAUCAAUGCACAACGCCCACGCUGCAUCCAAGUCUCCGAAGAAACACCGAGACAUCUUUGAGGAGGCUACAAUAGCGAACAAGAAGGCGAGAGGAAGGGGUGGAAGAGCAGUCUCGGCAGCGGCUGCUCGGGGAAGCGAGUCCCAGCUGCCCUACGCCCACCGCAAAUCGUCAUUGUCUAUUGACAAAAGAGCCUCGCCAUUCCCAGACUCGAGACCAUCGUCUUCGUCUGGUCCGCUGCCGCACUCCAACUCUCGUCCGCUGUCUCGAUCACCGAGCAUCUCUUCAGACACAAGACCCUUGAGCCGCAAAGGUCCACCUGAAGCACAUACGAGGCGAUCCAACCUUUCCCAGGUCGCUACUGUACCCAUCAAGCCGGAAGAGCCAACAACAGAGUCACGGAACAAGGAUGCACUCGUCAAAGUGGUCAUGGCAGCCAUGCGCAUGCAUGGGCUGCAGCAGCGAAAGCAGAACAGGUCUCGUCGGGCAUCGUUGGCUGCUGGCGAGGAAGGCGAGCGCUUGAAUGAACAGACAACCCCAGAAGAGGCGGCCAAAGAUGAUGAAUAUAAGUUGAUUUAUCAUCAGACCUACAAGGGUGCAGCACUUGCGCUGAGAAACCACAUGUUGGAGAAACCAUUGCAUGUCCAGCCAGAUCGGAUGCGAGACGUUGUUGAAAAGCUAUUGGUAAUAUUCUUGUCUGAUCCGCUUGCGGAGCCACCGCCUGUGGAUGUGCCCGCGGAUCCAGUGGCUACUCCAGGAAGUAAAUCAAGGAUUGGCAUUCCGGGAUCCACACAUGGCCACGCAAGUCCAUUCGAUCUCCCUAGCACGUCUCGACCGAGGAUGAUGAGGUCUGUCACCGACAGUCACGUCUUUACCGGGUCGCCCGUCAGUAAGAAGAGGCCCUCUACUAAUCGGCCAGCGCCGACGUGA